CACGCACUGGAUGGCGCCACCACUACAAUUGCUUCAUGCUCCCUUCAGCCUUCACAUUCGGUGAAACCCUAAAAGAUUUAUCCCCAGUCAGAGCAUUUCCAGUCUUCAAUUCCUCUCACGUUUCAUUGAAUUUAUCUAUUUUUUUUUCCCGCUACAGGUAGAGUGUUCGGGCCACGAAACAGGUCUAGAUGAAGUGGCGAAGGAAGUCGCUCUUUUCGUCGUCCAUGGUAAGAGUUCUAAGUUACAGGCACCGUUACAGAAAAGGUGGAGUGAAUGUGUAUAAUGUUACCAUGUGUUUUCAACUAGAAUAUGACCUAAAUAGCAGUGGGAAGACGCAUACGAUGAGAGGAAUCACAGAGUACGCCAUGGCAGACAUUUUUGGCUACACCUACAGAGAGUUUGUAUUGAAAUUCUCCGCCAUUAAGAUCUACAACGAAGCUGGUAGGGACUUGCUUGGCUCAGAUCCCAGUCCUCUCAGGCUUCUGGAUGAUCCAAAGGUGAACUCUCAACUAUCUUCCUGGCUCCUGCUUCAAUUUCGCAGAUCGUGGUGGCCGCGCCAUCGGGUGCGUGGAAGAUGAAGCGAUGGAAUCUGAGAUUGCGGUGGCGCUCCGUGAUGCCGAUCUGCAGAGGGAAGUCGAGUAUUUUUUUUGGUAGGAGGGAAGUCGAGUAUAAUUAUAAUAUUUAUGUUUUAUUUAUUCUUUAAUUUAUUGUGAUAAUGAGGUGGAAAUUAUAAAAACAUUAAAUUUUAUUUUUUUAUAAUUUUUUAAUAGCCACGUCAUGCAUUUAACGGUCAACUAUAAAAGUUGACUGCCAAAUCAACGAAAGUUAACGGAGG